AUGAAUACUACUAAUCUCAUAAUAGUAUCUUUGAUGUUCUCCCUCCUCUUCAUGAGCGUGAGCAUGAGUACUCUUGGCCAAAACAGUAAUAAUAGUAAUAUUACGGUGACUCUAAUUCACAGGGACUCCGUUUUAUCCCCUCUCUACGACCCUUCCCUCUCCCCCACUCAACGUCUAGCCAACGCAGUCCAAAGAUCCCUUGAUCGGGCCGCCCAGGCCCAGGCCCAGGCCCAGCUAGCCCCAAUCGAGAACAGUAACGGCGACUAUCUCUUCCAAUUCGCAAUCGACUCAUUCUCUACCACAGGCUAUGUCGACACCGGAAGUGACCUCAUCUGGACCCCAUGCGGAAGCAGAGCUCACCCGUCUUCGACCCCAAUCCAGUGCCGCACUAAACCAUGCACCAUACUGCCGGCCACCAACUGCUCUAGGACUAAACCAGUAAACAGUAGCCACUUCAAAAUGAAAUAUGCGAGCCGGACUUCGGCCGAGGGCAACCUCUUUGAGGGCACCUUCACGCUUGGCGGCAUCAGGCAGAAUAACAUUGUCUUCGGAUGCGAUUAUACGGGCACUAACAAGAUUGGCAUCGUUGGCGUGGGGGGUGGCCAAGCGUCGCUCGUGCAACAGCUGGGCCAGGGGAAAUUCUCCUACUGUCUCUCCUCAGUGUGGGACAAUAAUUACAAACGUGAGAUGACCUUCGGCGGCUCCGUCAUGGGCCGCGACACCGUGACGGUACCUCUGCAGUCAACGCCCAGAACUUCGACCUUCUACAUAGUGGAGCUCCAAGGGUUCAGCUUCGGGCGUGCCACAUUCCAUGUGGCACGUCCGGUCGACAUGAUCGUGGACUCAGGGACCACCGUGACAAAUCUUCCGGAAAAUCUGUACAACAAACUAAGGCAGGCCGUGGUGAAUUGGGCACAGACCACUGCAAGGCUCAUGCCCAUACCAGCGGCGGCAAACCCCCCACUAGAUUUGUGCUUCACGACACCGUGGACUUGA